GUAGUGAUGGCGGCGCUCAGUGAGACUUUCCUGUCACUGGAUACUACUACUCCCAGCCCUCCUCAAAGCCGCCGGAGCAACCCCCAGGUCUUUAGUUUACAAGUGGCAAUUUGACUUGCUCUGCUGCAUGUCUGGAGGGACCGUGGAAAGUGUGGAGACGCCUCGGGGAUUAAGCGAUCGUAGCUUAAAAAGAAAAAAAGCCAAACAAAUAAACAAAACCCACCCACCCUAACAAACAUGAGGCUGCUGGAGAGAAUGAGGAAAGAAUGGUUCAUGAUUGGAAUAGUGCUGGCGAUCGCCGGAGCUAAACUGGAGCCGUCCAUAGGGGUGAAUGGGGGACCACUGAAGCCAGAAAUAACGGUCUCCUACAUUGCUGUUGCAACAAUAUUCUUUAACAGUGGACUAUCAUUAAAAACAGAGGAGCUGACCAGUGCUUUGGUGCAUAUAAAGCUGCACCUUUUCAUCCAGAUCUUUACACUUGCAUUCUUCCCAGCAACAAUAUGGCUUUUUCUUCAGCUUUUAUCAAUCACACCUAUCAAUGAGUGGCUUUUGAAAGGCUUGCAGACAGUAGGCUGCAUGCCUCCCCCUGUGUCUUCUGCAGUGAUUUUAACCAAGGCAGUUGGUGGAAAUGAGGCAGCUGCAAUAUUUAAUUCAGCCUUUGGAAGUUUUUUGGGCAUCGUUGUAACACCCCUGCUUCUGCUGCUUUUUCUUGGCUCGUCCUCUUCUGUGCCUUUUACAUCUAUUUUUUCUCAGCUUUUUAUGACUGUUGUGGUUCCUCUCAUUAUUGGACAGAUCGUCCGAAGGUACAUCAAGGAUUGGCUCGAAAGAAAGAAGCCGCCUUUUGGUGCUGUCAGCAGCUGCGUGCUCCUCACGAUCAUCUACACAACCUUCUGUGACACAUUCUCUAACCCAAAUAUUGACCUGGAUAAAUUCAGCCUUCUUCUCGUACUGUUCAUAAUAUUUUCUAUUCAGCUGAGUUUUAUGCUUUUAACCUUCCUCUUUUCAACAAGGAAUAAUUCGGGUUUCACACCAGCAGACACUGUGGCUAUCAUUUUCUGUUCUACACACAAAUCCCUCACACUGGGAAUUCCAAUGCUGAAGAUAGUGUUCGCAGGCCAUGAGCACCUCUCUCUAAUAUCCGUGCCCUUGCUCAUAUACCACCCAGUUCAGAUCCUUCUGGGAAGUGUGUUAGUGCCAACGAUAAAGUCUUGGAUGGUGUCAAGGCAGAAGGGAGUGAAGUUGACGAGGCCAACAGUAUAAUGAAGAUGGUGCCCUUCGUGUAGCGAUGUAUAUAUGUACAGGAUUGUACAUACAAACAGUUCCGAAGACACGUACUUGUGAAUGUUGCUUCGAUGCAUAUUUUAUUUUUCUACACAAAAAUAUGAUAUAACAGUUUAAGUGCCUUAAAAUGUAUUUGACAGGAGCGUUAUUUCCAAAACCUACUUCGUUGGUUACUGCCAGGGGUGGUACUGUAUUUUGGAGUGGUUUAUUUAUUUAUUUUUCCUACCACAGGAAACUGUCACCGUGACAAAAAGCAAACAUGCUUUCCUUGUACCACCUUUGGUGCAAUACAACUCUGUUCUAGUUACUGUGCUGUUUGAAAUGAGGUCACCCCAUCAGGAAGAUGCCCUCCUGAUGACAGUGAAAAUUUCCAAAGUCUUAUUCAUGAAUACUUUGAUUUACUGUGUGAUUCUUUUUUUCUACAACUGUGACAUGCCUCUUCCUUAUCAACCCAGCAGGGGUCAUAGAUUGAAUAGAUGCUGAAAAGCAUAAGUUAUCUGCAUUUCUUGACAUCAUUUUUUAGACAUUCCUUCAAAUAGUUUCCACACAGAAACUCCUCAGUCCCAUUAUAAGAGAUGGCGGUGUUAUAUGUCUUAAAUUUAUUAUAAGCUGCUUCAAAGAAAGAGCCUGAUGUUUGAGUUGUAAGUAAGGGAAGUUUUGAGGUAAACUACAGGACUCAGUUUUCAGGAUUUUUACAAUUAUAUUUCACAUAUUUUCCCUUUCUCUGCCAUAAUUUCUUUCUUACCUGUUUUCCAGCACACUCCCAAACUCGUAACAGCAAAUGUAAGACACAAAAAUGUUACCGUCAGUUGGAGAACAGCAACAAUUAAUGGUAGAUUAUAUUCACAUUCCGCAACUGAGACCAGAAUUUAUUCUUGUUACACAGAUGUCUGAGCACAAAUUGCCCCUUUUAGCCGGAAGCAGCCUGUUACAUCCUUGAAUUAAGCACACGUAAGGCACUUGAGACAAGUUAUUGACGAAAAUUUCCUUGGCAGAUUUGACAAACGUUUGCAACAACUUUUUAGAAUUAAAUCGUAUCGCUCUUAUGAAUAAAUAAAAAUAUAAAGGUCAUGGAUACAAGCAAAUGUUACAUAUACACAUAUGGAAAGAAAACUGGGCACAGAAAAUGCAAAAACAUUCAUUAACCAAAAUACCAAAUAAAAUGAUGUCCCAAUUGGGCAUCAGCUUUCAAAAGAGUGUUCAUGUUUGCUUCUACUGUGGCUGAGCAAACUUUUACUGGACCCAACUAGAGAAGAAAGUAAUAUAUACAAUUAGGGGAACAUUUUCUUCUGCUUCCUGCACAGCGUUCUGUCACAUCCUCUCUGCGUGUCCUUCCUUGAUCUGAUAGACGGUAUUGGCAUCCUGGGUCUCACAGAGGCUGACUCUGUCCUCAAUAGCUGUUUAGUUGUCAUUUGGUCGGCAACACAAAAAUCAUUCCAUAGAAACUUACUGGCUUUAUCAGUACUGUAAAUUUAUAUUAUUGUCCCGACCAGCUCUCAUCUCUGUAACUUCUGACCAUUUCAAUACUAUUGAACCUCAUAAGUUUCGCAAGAGUUAUCCUCACUGUAAAUUUGAAGGCUAGUGCCAGACUCUGCAAAAAUCCUUGUUCAACAGGCUAUUUGCCAAGAAUGUCCCUAUAUCUAAAACUCCAGUAAUUUUGCUCGACACCUUUGAUACUUACAUAUGGAGCACAGGAAGAUUUUCACGUUUUGUUCCCUCAAGCUUCUUUGAAUUUCAGAGGAGAUGGAAUUGUCUGUCUGUCCAUCUGAGCUAUAAAAAUCUUUCUCUCUAGAUUAGAAUACUGAUUUUUUUUUUUUUGCCCCAACUUAUCUACCUCUAUUAUCUAACACCUAUAGUAGGUGUGAUUAAUGGGAUAAGGUUCAACUGAAAAUGCUAUAACAUUUUAUCUUUUGCUUUAAAAAAUGUUUUGUUUUCAAAUAAUCUCUACAUAGUGCAUUUUGGUGGCUUUGGUGAUAGGUUUAUGCCCAUUUCUUUUUUGACACAAAUACCGUGGCAUAUUUUUCCAUAAAGAAUAAAAAAUAAAAUCAAAAUUUAUUUUUAAUUCAUGCUUAUUGGGAUUUAAUUAUUCAUCUCAAAAUAUUUUGCUCUGUGUUAUGCACUGUCAGGCUAUCCAUUUAUGCAUUCUUUUAUCUAAAUGUGUUUAUGAAGGAAAUACAUUGUAUUUAUGUUUACUCAUUUUUUCACCUGUUUUUUUUUUAACGGUUGUUAUGAAAUUUGAUUUUCUUAAUGGGUGAUACUGUUAAUCUUUUCAUGUGUCCUUUUCUCGGUUUUAAGUUUUGUAUUUUUAAAAAAUUCUUCCCUAUUUUGUUUAACACACCUCUGGCUAAUGUUCAGUGUUUGUUUAUGCUAAAUACCAAAUUUUUACAAAAGGAUUGCUGAAGUUAAUGAAGUGGGUUAUUUAUGAUGAAUGGAAGAUGCAAAUAAUUCUAUGAUUAAACAGAGAUGUUUCCAAAAUCA